GUGCGCCGUGCGGGCGGCAGCAUGGCGGCGGCCGAGGCGUUGGGCGCGGCGCGGUACUUCACGCGCUGGUACAAGACGUCAAGGGGCGGCCGUGCGAGGACUUCUGCGUGCUGCAGCACUCCAACAGGUACGGGCAGAGACUGCGCUGGAGCUGCUUUGAGCACUCAGGGGCAUGGCUUUGCACCACUACGGCACGGUAACUGUCAGUCUUGUUGCAGAAUCUGCGUCAUCACGUUGGCAGAAGCCCACCCUCUUCUUCAGCCCGGAAAAACAAUUACAAGCAUUAAUUACCAAAUCAGUCCCAACUGUAGCAGGCUUCAGAAUAAGGUCUCUGGGAAGUCCAAAAGGGGAGCUCAGUUUUUAACAGAACUUGCCCCGCUCUGCAGGAUAGCCUCCUCAGAUGGAGAAGAAUAUACCAUUUACAGUUGUAUACGAGGGCGACUGAUAGAAGUGAAUGAAAACAUUCUUAGCAAUCCAGCACUUCUGCAAGAAAAGGUUGGAAAUUUCAAGUAAUCACAGAACUGUAGAAUCACCAAGGUUGGAGAAGACCUCCAAGAUCAUCCAGUCCAACCACCCAUCACAUUAAAGUUAAACCAUAAGGUUGUAAAUUAGAGCUCCUUUCUGACUGCGUCCCAAUACUUGUACUCUGAAAAUAAAGUUGUCUUAUUUCUUAUAAACGCUUUUAUUUCCCUUCUCCCCACUGAAGCACACCACAUACAGCGUCAUUACCUGGUGAAUAAAUACAUGGAGUAGGCCAUACUUGACAUGCCUUGUCCAUGUUGCACGAUCUCAUUCUCUUGGUCCUCCCAUUUCUCUGUCUCAGAAUCCACAUCAGAUGUGAGCAGGUGCAGUUCUAAUCCAAGUUUUGCAAUUUUUGCCUGUUCCUGUAAACGUUAAGAAUAAUUUUGGCAUAUGAAAAUAUGUUCUCCAGGCAGGAGAAAAAAAAUAAUUGGAAGAACUUUCACUAAAAUGAUAGCAUCUUACCUCAGUAUCUAGUUUGACUGGCUUUAGUGUUUUCAGAUUUGCAUUAUGCUUCUGUUUCAAACAAAAAAUAAUAAUUUUUAAUAAAAAGAAUUGAUAGUCAUUUUUGCUAGCAUAUGAAAAGAGAUGGCUGUACACUUAAGACUUUGCAGGAGAGUUCUAGCAGUUCACACAAACUUCUUAACAGAAGCUGAGAACCUGUUCUGAUUUGGAUGUCCUUUUGAAAUGGGAAGUGCAGCCAGGGCCCGUACCUCCAGACACAGUCAGGUUUCAAGGAGAAGACCACUUCCACAAUUCUCAGGCUUGUGCCUCUCUUCUAUUUUCUCAUGCAGUACCAUUUUUCCCCUUACCCUCAAAAUCCCAGGUACUAGUUACUGCUGAACAGUCAAUUGAGUACAACCGCACUGAUUUUCCCAACAAACACCACACUGCUGUAUCAGUGACUUAGGAGUAGCUGAACCUUCCAACCUGAGCUGGGGUACAUAUAAACGUUGGCAUGACAACGUAACUGAUCCUUCUGUGUCAGUUUGCUGAAGUAGCUGGAAAUGAACACAGAGUCUUUCAAUUUUUUUUUUCCCCCUCUUCCAUUCUCUUAUUUAAGUCUUCAGCUAUCCAAAACAUGUCUGACUGCAAGCCAAACACUGGCUCAGAUUAAAUGAUAAUUAGUGGUACUGACGUGAGCGAAAUACCCAAUACGACAGAGCUUGCAAACCGCAUAACGGAUCAACACAGCAAUAUAUCUGAUCUGUUGCAAAUUAAUUUGCAUGUUCAGAGAAAGCAGCAGUUUCAGGCUUUUGCUUCACGUGCUGAUGCUGUCACUGUGCAAAGACAACAGAAACUAAUAUGGGAGCCACAGCCUGCACUCAGAAACCACGGUGGAGUACAGGGAAAUGAAGAGUAUAAAGUUGGUGUCAUAGCUUGGAGAGGUUUGUGUGAACCACUAGAGGAGGUUGGAGGACAAGAGUGCAGCAUUGGAAUCCUUGCCUGAGGAUCUAAAGAGAGCUGCUAUUAAUUAGUGGGAAUACUCAGACAAAUUAAGCCGUGGAAUCCCUGCCAGAGGGAAGUGGGAAACACUACCCACUGUGAGUAGCAUAAGAAACACAGCUCCAGGCAUGGUCUCUAUCUCUGACUUGAGGAAUCUAAGCAAAAAUGAAAUACUGCUUUUAUGUUUCUACUGCAGUUUGCUGCUCAGACUUUAGCUGCUACGCCAUUUCUUUUCCCCAUCCCCACAUUUUUAAUAGCUCUGGAUCAUCUCAGUGUCUACCCAGAUGUAAUUCUGCCAAUGUAUUAGAACAAAUGGGACAAACUGUUCUCAUAUCAAAGGAUUUUGAAGAAAAAAGUGCACAAAUCGAUACUCCUAAUUGUCAUUUGGUUCUAUCUUAAAGAUGUAGUUCAAGAAAUGUCAGUUUCAAGGCAGACUCUUGAAGAAAAACACAAAGCCAAGCUAGAUUUCUAUUUAAAUACAGACCUCGGACUACAAGGUAUGGCAAAAAUUUAAGCUGCUGAGUGAAGGGCAUUCAACAAAAUGAGCACGUGACUUUCUCUAUCUACAAGUAACUAAAGAAGCCUUAGAAUGUUUGUCAUACUUGUAGAUUUCUCCACUCUAGUGUUCACUCACUCUAUUUGAAUAGAAAAAUUGGUUAAAAAAACCCACAAACAUUACAUGAGCACUUACCACUUGGCUUUCAAACCAUGAUUUGAAAAAUAUGCUCAUGCAUAUCUGUUUGUUCAAAUAGGUCAGUUCAGACAACAAUACAAUAAAUUUAAAGUACCAGGAUUUAUCUUAUAGUACAUUGCAGUGUAUUCUCACUGUUUUAGUAGUGACAGUGCAUUUAUUACACAUCGUUGAAGUUAAGCAUGUGGUGAAAAUGUCACAUUAAUAAACAGGGAUUAAAGCCCACCUAUACAGUAAGUGAUUAAAGUCUGUGUGAUUAGUUA